AUGACGAUCAUAUUUUUUCAAUGUCGUUUAGAAGCUGAACAACAUCAUGUGUAUAAAAAUGCACCGCAACCCAGUUAUGACCCACAAACUCCUCCUGAUACUUCUGCUUAUAUUUCUGCCGCUCUUGUUCUUGGUGAGGCUCUUGGCAGUGGUGAUCCUGAUGCUAUUGCUGCUGCUAAAGCUGCUCUUGAUCGUGUUACUGCUGAUGCUCAUGCUUCUGGUGUUUUUGAUCAUGCUGCUGCUUUUAGUGGUUCUGUUCUUGAUCGUGUUGCUUCUAUUGAUGAUGAUUAUGCUGUAGCAGGUGCUGCUGAUUGUGAUGGCCAUGAUGAUGAUUGGAAGUAG